AUGUCUCAAGUCCCUACACCGCCUGCGUCGCGGCCAGCUUCGGAAUCUCCCGACACUGAUGUGAAGCCGGUGGAACCUUGGCCAUCGGAUGUGCUCCAGUCACUGGAUACGCUGCUAGAGCAAUACCUGCAUCUUCUGGAUAAACAGCAGAAGCUGCACUCAGGCUUAUCGAAACAGCUCUCAUCGGGGUUUUUGGCUCUCGCUCAUGCGAACUACACCUGUCCUCCCGGCCGUCGAUAUGGCCCUGAUUACUAUGACGAGCGUAUGAAGGCAACGCGGAAGAUAUCCAUUCAAACGGAGGAUGGGCCUGAAGCCGGAUCUUCGAACGACCCGCAACAUAGUACAGAAAGAAUUGGGACGAAUGGGUCGAAACACAAAUUCGCCGUCGAAUAUAAACCCACCCGCGAACCAGAAGAGCCUUCCGACGAGAAGGAUCAAACCGACCAACCCAACUUUGAUGAACAACCGCAGGCCGAAAAAUCACAAGAGUCUGCUGAAGAUGAGAAAAAGGAUUCAACCUGUUCUGGGUCAUCCAAAAAGGAUACUUCAUCUCCCAGCAAGUUUCAGUCCGCACGCAAGAAGUUCCGUUCUGAUAACCCCAUCCAUUGGUAUGGAAUACUGGUCCCUCCAUCGCUGCGCAACGCACAGAAAUCCUUCACAGAGGGCAUCGAGGGACAGGUGCCAGAAUUAGCCGAGACAAUUGUUGAAAUGCGCGCAUUGGAACAGCAGAUCACCGAGUUACGGGCAAAGCUGGGAUCAUAG